AUGAAUGUGAUGCGUAGAUUAAAGAGCAUUGCUUCUGGUCGAACUUCUAUAUCAUCUGAUCCUGGUGGGGAUGCUGUAACAAAGAGGGCUAAGGUUGAUCAAGAAAUAGAACGAAAGAUUGAUGGGGAAUCGUAUUUAGUUGAAAGUAGUGUCACAGAUCACGAGCAGCAUAUGGCUUCUACAUCACAGGAAAAUGCUGCCAGCACAUCCAACAUUAUUUCAGUGACAAGAACAGAAAAAUCAAGCUAUGAUCAGCUUCCAAAAGAGAUGCAUGAAAUGAAGAUCAGAGAUGACAAAAACACUAAUCAUGACGAAAAGGACAUGGAAGCUGCCAUUGUGAGUGGCAACGGGACAGAAACUGGUCAAGUUAUUGCAACCACAGUUGGUGGUCGGAAUGGACAACCAAAGCAGACAAUCUCAUAUAUGGCAGAGCGUGUGGUUGGCACAGGUUCAUUUGGUGUUGUCUAUCAGGCUAAAUGCCUUGAAACCGAUGAAGCUGUUGCAAUAAAGAAGGUAUUGCAGGAUAAGAGAUACAAGAACAGGGAACUUCAAAUCAUGCGCCUCCUUGACCAUCCUAAUGUCGUUCUGCUGAAACACUGUUUCUAUUCUACUACUGAAAAAGAUGAACUAUAUCUUAACCUUGUUCUUGAGUAUAUAUCCGAAACUGUCCAUCGAGUUUCAAGGCACUUUAACAGGAUGAACCAUCAACACAUGCCCAUUAUAUAUGUUCAACUGUAUACAUACCAGAUUUGUCGUGCACUAAAUUACUUGCAUCAUGUCGUUGGGGUGUGCCAUCGUGACAUCAAGCCACAGAAUUUAUUGGUCAAUCCCCAUACCCAUCAGCUAAAGAUAUGUGAUUUUGGUAGCGCAAAGAUGCUGGUGCCAGGCGAACCCAAUAUAUCUUAUAUUUGCUCACGGUAUUAUAGGGCACCGGAACUUAUAUUUGGGGCUACAGAGUACACAACUGCGAUUGAUAUCUGGUCUGUUGGUUGUGUCUUGGCUGAACUUCUUCUUGGACAGCCGCUUUUUCCUGGGGAAAGUGGUGUUGAUCAACUGGUGGAAAUUAUCAAGGUGCUGGGCACACCAACCCGAGAAGAAAUUAAGUGCAUGAAUCCCAAUUACACAGAAUUCAAGUUCCCUCAGAUCAAGGCUCACCCGUGGCACAAGAUAUUUCACAAACGAAUGCCCCCUGAAGCAGUGGAUCUUGUAUCAAGGCUGCUUCAGUAUUCACCAAACCUGCGGUGCACUGCUUUGGAGGCAUGUGCUCACCCCUUCUUUGAUGAUUUGAGAGAUGCAAAUGCAUGCUUGCCUAAUGGGCGUGCACUACCUCCUGUAUUCAAUUUUACUGCCCAAGAGUUGGCUGGGGCAUCUGCUGAACUGCGACAACGUCUCAUUCCAGAGCAUGCAAGAAAAGAAAAUUGA